AGAUUCAGUUUGGAUGUAUUAGGAUCCGUAACCCGCGCCGCUUUUCACAUUCAAUUCUUCUUCUUCUUCUUCGUCUUCUUCACCCUUCAACUACAUUUCCGAGCUAGGGUUUUUUUUUACAAAAUCCCAAUUCAAUCACCAUGAGAGCCAAAUUGAUUGUGUUCCCAAUCCGAGGAAGAAACUGGUGCUUCACCAGAUCCAUUGAUCACUCUCUCCCCGCUUCUUCAGCUACUUCAUCUCAAUCCCCUUCAACUUUCAAAGAAAUGUUGAAAAACAUUUACACUGCUGAUAAACCCCUUAACGCCAAAGCUGAACUUGUUACUGAUUUCGUCGCUGAUAAGAUGAAUAAAGGUUGGGUUGGUUUAGAAAAUGCACCUGAUGGAUCUUUCAAGAAGAAGAUUCAUGGGUUGGGUUUGUGGCUUUUGUCACGUGUUAAGCCAUCGGAGAUUUUUUUGAAGUCUAUGUCGAAGGAAGUUACUGGUGUCGAAGUCAUUUACCCAUCAAGUUUGAAUGCUCAACUUGUUCGUCGUAGACUAAGACAUAUUGCUAUGAGGGGGACAAUAAUACACCGGAAAUUCUUUUAUGGUUCAGUUUCAUUGAUUCCAUUGAGCUCUGCAUUUAGCAUUUUACCUUUGCCUAAUGUCCCAUUCUUCUGGAUUUUAUUCCGCUCUUAUUCUCAUUGGAGGGCCCUUCAGGGAAGUGAGAAGCUGCUUCAACUAGUCUCAGAUAGUUGCAAGUCUUCCAACACUUAUAAGGAUAACAAGGAAACUGAGCAUAAAGAUUCUAAAAAUGAAAGCCUUAGUUCUCAAGAACCACAUUGGGUAUUGAGUCCAUCCAAAGAGCUUGAGAAUCUUGUUCGUCAAGAUGAUGCGAAUGACGGCCUUAGUAGACAUACCAUUGCAGAAAUUUGCAAGAUAUAUGAUUUGAACACCAAAGAUGUUAUUAAAUACGAAAAGUCCAUUUUUUAAUUACCAGUUUUGUAAUACAAGUUUUUGCAUUGACAUUUUUUGACUCAUUUUUAGGGGAAGACACCAACUGACUCAGAGUUAUCAAUGAGUUUCUUUGUCAAUAGUUUUGUAAACUUGUCUUUUUAAUAUUGCAGUGACAAAUCUUUGAUAGUUAAAGUUUAAACGGAAUGAAUUUGUACAAAAGUUUCUUUUAAUGUGAUUUUACUUCUCAUAGUGAAAGUUUAACGGAAUGAA